UGGCCUCGAAAGCGGCUUGAAGCUUGGCAUAUGCUGCAGUUCUCUACUCCUCAGCGAACGUAGCUGUUGCAAGAUGAGUAUGACUGACGUGCUCAGCGCUGAGGAUAUCAAGAAAGCAGUGGAAGCCUUUACAGCUGCUGAAUCUUUCAACCACAAGAAGUUUUUCGAGAUGGUAGGACUGAAAAAUAAGAGCCAGGAAGAAGUGCAGAAGGUUUUCCGCAUUCUUGAUAAGGAUCGAAGUGGCUUCAUCGAAGAGGAUGAAUUAAAGUUUAUGCUGAAGGGCUUCCUUUCGAGUAGCAGAGACCUCUCAGACAAAGAAACAAAGGCUCUUAUGGCUGCUGCAGAUAAGGAUGGUGAUGGUAAAAUUGGCAUGGAUGAAUUUGCAACUAUGGUGGCUGAAUUAUAAAGGCUUUGACCAAUGCAAACCCUUCAUCCAUUCUUCACUGCCCAAUUCCAACCACCUUCUGCUGACUGCUUUGCCUCCUGUUCUAUUUAAUUAUGUUAUUUUAUACUCCAGCUCUGUUCUCUGCAAUCCUGUAACUCUGUAAUUGUGCUGAAAGACACUGUUAAAAUAAUAAAGGUCACAUCAAUCCAGGCUUUAUUCCCUCUCA